GUGCAUUUUGCAGACGUCCAGUUGACAUAGCCUUUGCAAUCGAUGCCUCGGGCAGUGUUGGAUCAUGGGGGUUUGACCAAGAAAAGAGAUUUAUACAAAAUACGGUGGGAAGAUUUGGAAUUUCUCGCUCUGGAACGCACGCUGCAGUAGUAGUGUACAGCACAAGGGCUGAAGUCAAAAUAUCGUUCCCUCAAUUUACCAGCUUCCGAAGUUUCUCCAGAGCAGUUUCUCAAAUUCCUUAUCCCCGUGGAUAUACAAGAAUCGAUCUGGCACUAAAAAAGGCAGCAGAAGAGGUGUUUUCUAUUGACGGUGGAGAACGGAGCAAUGUACCUAAGAUACUGAUUGUAAUGACGGACGGUUAUCAGACCCGCACGGCAGAUUCAAUCCCUCUUGACAAAGCGGUUCUGCCUUUGAGAGCCAAAGGAGUGCAAGUUUAUGCUUUGGCCAUAGGGCAGUUUGUGAAGGAGUACGAGUUGAGGUUGCUGGUUCAAAAACCAGCUCACGUCUUUCGAUCCAGUAGGUUUAGUACCCUCAGCAGUGUUAUUUCAGGAUUGGCAACAACAACUUGUAAAAAUGCCCUUCCCAUGGCGUUUGGAAUUUAUCCACUUAACCAGCAAACCCGUGGAAAGGAUAUUAGCCCACGGAGAGCUCCCACAGGUUACUUAAGUUCGGUAAACAGCGUCUCCGGACCCUACGGGAGAGCCGGUGGAGCAUUUUACCUCAAGGGAACAUCCGACAGCUACAUUGACUUCCCAAAUAAAGCUGGUGGCAAACUAGAUGCGUACAGUUCUAUCUCAAUAUUUAUGUGGGUUUUCCCAGAAGGCACAUCUGGUCCUAUCAUCAACUACCGAAGAGGAGGAUAUGGCGUUGGCCUUUGGAUGACACACCACAAAGUACUAGUGGGUCUUAUUCACAGCCGCCGCAACUUUUACAGAAAGAAAAUUUAUUUUACCUCUUUCUAUCCGAAGAGGUGGUAUUAUGUUGGACUUACGUACGAUUACAACCACGGAGUUGCAAGUUUGUGGGUCAAUGGACGCAUGGUGAGACGAGUUAUAUUUAAGAACACUAAGGUUAUCA